ACAGUCAUGCAGUGAGAUCCGUCUAUAGUCACUGUUUGCUUAUGAGCAAUAUUUCAUUUAACGGGACACUUGUCACGAUCUGCCGCAGUUCUUUACCGUCAUGUGAUCUGACGUGGGCUGGAAAAGUGCUAAACGGUAACGCUAACUGGAUAAGUUAAGUACCAGUCUGCGAAGUCCGGGAGAGCUGGAGGUAAGUCGGCGACACCGCAGUUUAAAAUAUAGCGGUUUUCGGAUGUACUCGCAUGCAAAUGCCCACUGGAUUUUAGAGUAAUCAAGGUUUCAUUCAAGCAUCCAGCACGACUGGCGAAGAACCUUUAAAGACAUCCCGUAAAAAAACUGCUUCCUGGGUGUCACUUUGUUAAUUUUUUUGGGAACUUGGGAGGAUCGAUCUACGCAGAAUUUGCCCGUGUGGGACCUGUCACUCCGUCGCCCGGGACUUAGACCAACAUUGCGGAAAACUUAUCCAUGAAAAGACUGUCACCGUGCCCACACCAUUUCCACUGUAGGACUUAAACUGGUGCUGCAGAAGAAACGAUGGGAUUAUUGAUAAAACAUCUAUUCCGUUCUGUGAUGGUCAUGACUCUUCUGAUGCAACGGGUAGAUUCCAAUGAGAUCUUGGGGCUGAAAAUCCCGUUUGACCCAAUCCUGAACGCCAACACGGUGUGUCUGACACUGCCGGGCUUGACGCGGCGGCAGCUGGAGGUGUGCAUGCGGAACCCGGACGUCACAGCCUCGGCCAUCCAGGGCAUCCAGAUCGCCAUCCACGAGUGCCAGCACCAGUUCCGCGGCCAGCGCUGGAACUGCUCCAGCCUGGAGACCAGGAACAAGAUCCCCUACGAUAGCAUGGUCUUCAGCAGAGGUUUCAGGGAGAGCGCCUUCGCUUACGCCAUCGCGGCGGCCGGCGUGGUGCACGCCGUCUCCAAUGCCUGCGCCAUGGGAAAGCUGAAGGCCUGCAGCUGCGACGAGAAGCGGCGGGGAGACGAGGAGGCCUUCCGGGUGAAGCUGAACCGCCUGCAGCUGGAGGCCGUCCACCGGGGCAAGGGCAUGGUGCACGGGGUGAUGGAGCACUUCCCCGCCGAGGCCCCGGGGCCCCAGGACUCCUGGGAGUGGGGUGGCUGCAGUCCCAAUGUGGAGUUCGGCGAGCGCUUCUCCCGGGAUUUCCUGGACUCCCGCGAGAUGUACAAAGACAUUCACGCCAGGAUGAGGCUCCACAACAACAGAGUUGGCAGGCAGGUGGUGAUGGACCACAUGCGGCGGAAGUGCAAGUGUCACGGUACAUCUGGCAGCUGCCAGCUGAAGACAUGUUGGCAGGUGACCCCGGAGUUCCGGAUGGUUGGCACGCUUCUGAAGGAGCGUUUCCAGGCAGCCACGCUCAUCAAGGCGCACAACCGCAACACCGGUCAGCUGGAGCACGCGCAUGCCCCGCACCGGCGCAGGGCCAGCCACGGCGAGCUUGUCUACUUCGAGAAGUCGCCCGACUUCUGCGACCGUGAGCCACGCUCUGACUCGGCCGGCACCAGGGGCCGGAUCUGCAACAAGACCAGCACAGGGACGGACAGCUGCGAGAGCCUGUGCUGCGGCCGGGGGCACAACAUUCUGCAGCAGACCAGGACGGAGAGGUGCAACUGCAAGUUUCACUGGUGCUGCUACGUGGUCUGUCAGGAGUGCCGGAUAACAGAGUGGGUGAGCGUCUGCAAGUGACCCCGCGGACGGGGCAGCACGGCCCCCACCCCUCCCCCCAGCCUGCGAAUGGACUGCCGCAGAAGGAGACUGUCACGAGCCAUGCGGCAAUCGCCCAAUGCGUGCGCUCGACCUCUGCAGUUCAGAUUGAUUGUUCAUAUCUGCACUGCGCUUUCAAUUCAGAAGGUAUUUUUUAAGUUAAAUAAUUUAAUAAAUCGUUUGUGUUUUUUUUUUUUUUGUUUUUACUUUUACUGGAAUCUGAGUUAUCUUAAAAGUAUUUAAAUGAGCUAUUGAGAAUGAAACUAUUAUCAGCUAGUUUUCUAAUGUAAAUAUUCGUAUUGAAAACUGCAUGUGAUUCCGGUACUUUAAAAAGCACUGGAAUUAUUAAAAGAGGUUUAAAAAUAAUUAUAACAAACGAUACUUUUAUUAAUCCCAACAGUGAUGUCUCAUGCCUUCCCAUUGUUCUGUCUGCAAAUAAACUAAAGCAGAUGAACAUCAAACACCCAUAAGUAUGGAAAAACAUCAGAUUAUUAAAAAAAAAGAUGCAGUUGAAGAUUCUUUUUUCUAAACACUAAAAUUCCAUGAAAUGGUGAUGCAGAUUUCCUGCCAGUGGCAGAGCAGUGACAUUCCGCAUAUUUUAAAUGGCCAUAAACUGUGUUUCCCGGCUAAAGUCCCUAAUCAGUAUAUACUGUAGAUACCUCACCUUGCAUUUCACUUGUAUGGUAUGGAAAGCUGUUGCAUAGUAUAAUUUCAAAGUAUUUAUGGACUUUAACUCUGAUGUCUCACAUUCACAUGAGUGUGACUUUGCAAGCAAGCAUCCCCAAGGAGAGGGAUAUGGAGGAUAUUUGCAUUUUAAUUAAUGUGGUAAGAUGCUAUUUGUCGACAUAUAAAAAUGUAUAUUUUUAGUGUAAUGGUUCGUAAAUUAUUUUUUAUUUUUGUGGAUGACUUAAUAUUUGUAAACAUAUUGAAAAAGCUAAGAAUGAUGGCAGAAAUGGUAUCUAAUAAAAAAUGUGUGUUAAAAAAGUACAUAAA